AUGAGCCGUCCGGGCAUAUCUAGUACGUCGCUACCCUCGCUUUUGACAGCCUACACGGCUGUGGUCUGCUUCUUCGUCUACUCCAUCCUGCUUGUCGUCGCGUCAAGAUGGCCCCUGGGCUCGAUGCGCGUCACACUGACCGUGGCCACGGCCGUGUUCACGCUGUGUAUCGUGCUUCUUCUGGCCUACGACGCCGUGCGAUACAUCAUUCCAAACACUGGCGUGAGAUACAGGAAGAACCUAGGCAACACUGUCCUGUCUCUCGUCUUGAGCAUGGUCAUCUUAACGUUCGCGUACUGGUGCAAGUGGCACGUGGCUCUGAAUCGGACGGUGCUGUUCACGCAGGAAGAGACAGUGGCAAGCGCUCGAUUCCCUUCGGUGGCAUUCUUUCAGCGGGUGGACUGGUCGUCGCAGGCGAUUCUGACGCGAGAGCCGGCCAAGUGCGGGCUCGGCUGGAUCGAGACGGACGGCAAGAAUUGCACCAACGACGGCACAGAGACCCCUAUACCUUGCAGAUGCGAUGACAACUUCUCGCCUGGAGACGUCGGGAACUUUACGUGGCAGGGUGUCAAGUACAGAUAUCUGGAUUUAGCCACCCCUUCGUCGCACAUGUGUGUGAAUGAGGGCACGGAGAUGAUCGUGCAGGUUUUCUUCUACUAUAAUACGAACAAGGCGGCGAACGAUUCGUCUGAAAGGCCGUCGCCCAGCCUUUAUAUAGCCAUAUACGACGCCAGUCUGGACCUGCGAGAAGCCCUCGAGAAAAAUUUCACUAGACUGAUGCUCUUCCAAGCCAACGGCCAGACAGCUAUAAAUCUGGCUCUGCGCUACAGGGAGGCUGUUGAUGGCACAAAGGCAUACGAUUACACCUUGACCAUCUCGACCGUGCCUGCCCAAACCAUACAAUGUGAAUGGGAUGGAGUAUCUGCCCUACCGGACUACAAGUGCUUCGCUUCUGUGCAUUUGCAAUUCCCAUCGUUCGAUCGUAUCGCCAUCUCGCGGGGACAAGAUAUGAGCUGGUCAGACGUGGUCAUGGAGGCUGGUGGCUUUAUGUCGUUUAUUAUUCUUUUGAGUUGGGCGGUAUCUGGGCUUGCCUUCUUGUCCGGCUAG